AUGCCACUCCCAAAACGCUCUUCUAGCCCCCCUUCCACCUCUACCACCACCACCACCUCCUCCUCCCCCGCCUCCAAGAAGUCUUGCACGCGAGCCGACGACCCCGACUGGACCAAGUCCGCGCUCGAGGCCAUCCGCGUCGGCAAACAGCUCAAAAACAAACAAAUCGACAAGCUACGCGACAUGAAGGCGCGGAUCGAGCAAGCGGAGAGGGAGCUGGCGAUGCUCAACGACAUGCGAGAUCAGAUCUUGUUGCAGGAUCCGGUGGCGCAGAUCCGCGAGCUGGUGGUGGAUCUGUGUAGGGUGUAUUCUCGCGAUAGGAAGAGACCGAUGGUGGAGGAUAAGAUGUCAGAGGCAAUUGAGGAGAUGAAGGCGUUGGAGAGGGAGGGUUAG